GGCAGAGCAGUGCGGGACAAUACGAGGCAGUGGAAGGAAGGAACCUCCUUUAUUUCUCAUUUCCACCUUUAUUUUUUUCUAUUUUGAAACAACAGCCUGAGUCCAACCAGUGCGUCUUGACUGUAAUGUUGAAACAAGGCGGGGCUGACCCUCCUGUCUCAUUCCGGACGCACCACAAGUAGGAUAGAGCAGACAGUGAAGAGUGCUCCUGCUGCUGCUGCUGCUGCUGCUGUUUUAUGACAUUGGAGACUCAGGCAUGAAUUCGGCCGAACAGACCGUAACGUGGCUCAUAACUCUCGGGGUCCUGGAGUCUCCCAAGAAAAGCAUCUCGGAUCCAGAAGCUUUCCUCCAGACGUCUCUGCGGGAUGGAGCGGUGCUGUGCAGGCUGCUGGAGCGACUCAGACCCGGGACGGUGGACAAAUUUUUCCAGGAACCGAGGAGCGACAGCGAGUGUCAGAGGAACAUUGGCGAGUUUAUUAAAGGCUGCGGGGCUUUCGGUGUGGAGCCUUUUGAGGUCAACGACCUCCUGCAGGGACUGAACUUCUCCAGGGUGCUGAACUCCUUGGUUGCCCUUAAUAAAGCUACUGAAGUUGUGGAUUUAGGUGUUUCUGCAGACAGUGUGUGUGUGCCUCACUCCUCGACACUGAGGAUCAAGUCAUUUGAUUCCCUGAACACUCAGAGUCGCUCCUCCAAACUGCUGCAGCCUCAGUACCGCAGCCUGGACAUGUCGGAGGGCAGCGGGUGUGGCCAAUUGCUGGUCAAGGCGCGCUUUGCCUUCCAGCAGACCAAUGAGGACGAGCUGUCUUUCUCCAAGGGUGACAUCAUCAGCGUGAAUAAGCAGGAGGAGGGGGGCUGGUGGGAAGGCUCGCUCAACGGCAAGACCGGGUGGUUCCCCAGUAACUACGUACGGGAGCUGAAAGGAGGUGAUAAGACAUCAGAUAAGUCAAAGUCUGGCACUCUAAAAAGUCCCCCCAAAGGUUUUGACACCACUAUCAUCAGCAAGACCUACUACAAUGUGGUCCUACAGAACAUCCUGGAAGCAGAGAGUGAAUAUUCAAGGGAGCUACAGAGUCUCUUGGGCUCAUACCUGCGCUCACUUCACCCCACAGACAGACUCAGCAGUGUGGACAUCAAUCACAUUCAAGGAAAUCUGGAGGAGAUCUCAACCUUCCAGCAGAUGUUGGUUCAGUCCUUAGAGGAGCACACAAAACUCCCAGAGAGCCAGCAGAGGAUUGGGGGGUUCUUCCUGAGCCUGAUGCCCCAAAUGAAGCUCCUCUAUGUGGCCUACUGCGCCAACCACCCGUCUGCUGUCAAUGUCCUCACACAACACAGUGAGGAGCUGGGGGAGUACAUGGAGUCGAAGGGGGCAUCCACUCGAGGGAUCAUGACUCUGACCACAAAUCUGAGUAAACCCUUCACCAGACUGGAGAGAUACCCAACUCUGCUGAAAGAACUGGACAGACACAUGGAGGACCAACACCCUGACAGAGCUGAUCUCCAUGCUUCUAUGACCGCCUUCAAAAACCUUGCAGCUCAGUGUCAGGAGGUGAGGAAGAGGAAAGACCGUGAGUUGCAGAUUUUAACAGAGCCAAUCAGAAACUGGGAGGGGGAUGACAUCAGAACCCUGGGUCCUGUUCUGCACAUGUCCCAGGCCAUGGUCCACACACAGAACUAUCAGGAGUCAAAUGAACGCUACCUCAUCCUCUUCCCUCACACUCUGCUCAUGCUGUCUGCCAGUCAGAGAAUGAGUGGAUUCAUCUAUCAGGGGAGGAUACCGCUAUCAGGAAUGCUCAUCUCCAGAAUAGAGGACGGAGAAAACCUGAGGAAUGCCUUUGAAAUAUCCGGUGGCCAGUGUGAGAGGAUGCAGGUGGCGUGCAAGAGUCAGCAUGAUCUACAGGACUGGCUCGACCUUCUCACCAAACACACACACACUCCAGCUGCGCACACACACUCCCACAAGCAUCAGUCCAUCUGUCACACACUGCCCUCUCACCCCGUCACUCCUACCAGACACUCAGAGUCGCGUGGAGGGAGCAGUGGACCCGCCUACCACACCCUACCCCACCCCUCCUCAUACGGGACAGCACACGGUGGCAGCCCGAUGUGGGGGCCUCUGGAGCAACCGAGUACUCCCAAACCCUGGAGCCUGAGCUGCCUUCGCCCUGCGCCUCCUCUCCGGCCCUCUGCUGCUCUCUGCUACAAGGAGGAUAUGAGCAAAAGUCCUAAGAACAUGAAGAAGCUGCUGCCUAAGAGGAAACCAGAGAGGAAACCUUCAGAAGAGGACUUCACUGCCAGAAAGAGUACAGCAGCUCUAGAAGAAGACGCUCAGAUACUGAAGGUGAUUGAAGCUUAUUGUACGAGUGCCAAGACACGGCAGACUCUCAACUCCACCUGGCAAGGGACUGACCUCAUGCACAACCACGUGCUCGCUGACACCAGCCUCACCAUCGCUGGUCUCCCUGGCAACCUGCCAUGUUCUGACCAAUCAGAGGACUCGGAUUAUGACAGUAUCUGGACCGCUCAUAGUUACAGGACUGCCUCAUUUUCUCGCUCCAGCAGGAAGGAUGUUCACAUGUUGUUCCCAGAGGAGGAGAAGAUCAUAGUGGAGGAAACCAGGAGCAAUGGGCAAACUGUGGUGGAGGAGAGGAGUCUGGUGGACACUGUGUACAGUCUCAAGGAUGAGGUCCAGGAACUCAAACAGGACAACAAGAGGAUGAAGAGGACGCUGGAGGAGGAGCAGCGAGCAAGGAAAGAGCUGGAGAGGAUCAUCCGGAGAGUCCUGAAGAACAUGAACGACCCAACCUGGGAUGAGACUAACCUCUGAGACCAACGUGUAUCCAAACAUCACAGACAAGACUGAUGUUUUGACUUUUAAAUGACCAAAUGAAACGUUGUUCAACCCGUGUGAACAGAAGCUGCCAACACUUUCAUCAACAUGUCCUCAUCAUUCCCACUUUGCUCUAACCUUCAGUUACCUGUGUACCAAACUCUGGACCAAGAGAAAACGCCUGCCAGACUUCCGCCAAGCCAUCCUGUCUGACUCUAAAGCUGUGAAGCCAAAUUAGCUGGUAGGCAUGAUGACAACACUUCUUGUCAUGCUCCUGUACUUUUCCAUACAGCCUUUGGAGCACCGACAAAUUUAUCUUUCUUUGUGUUUAUUUGCAUUAAGGACAGUAUUUUAUUAACCAGCCUGGUGCAUGAAUAAGAACGCUACAUAGGUUUAUAUAUGUCAGAGAGAUAUCAGAGCAGUAUGUGAAUAAAAUCCCUCACUGAAACUUGACAUUUUUUUUCCACACUCCUCACUUCAUUAGCAGCAAUUUUGUUUAAAUUUCAAAUGUUAAACUAACAUAAUGUACGACAGCUUUAUAUAGUAUAAUUUAUGAUAAGCAGACUCUAACAAUCUAUAAAGUUGGUUUAUUUGUUAUAUGAAAUACUUUUUAAACUAAACAUAAAUUUACCAGCACUUAUAAAUGACCUCGUGUUUUACAGGAUGAGAUGAAAGUUCUCAGUGUGAUAUGAAUUAAUGUAAUUAAAUUAACUAUAGGUUAUAGUAAUUGUGAGCUUUAUCAAAUCAGAAACAACACAUCUUUAAACUGUCAAAGUGAAGCUGGAGGGAGAUUUUCUCAGGAAUUAACCAUCAGGGAGUUUCGGCUUUCAGCUUCAGCUCAACAUCCAUUUCAAAAUACACGUUCAGAGCAAUAUCUAAAGGUAAAAGAAGCUUGGUUCGGGUUGGUAUGGCAACUUAAGCCAAACACACACUGAAGAUGUAACAGAGGAAUCUCACAACCCCAUGUUUGAGCCAAACGUGAAGUCAAAAUGAAAAGUCAGUCUUAACUUAUGAGUUAUAUACACCAAAACCUUCAUCAGCCCCAUGAAUGACAGAACAAGCUCUCUAUUUGACUGUGUGUGAAUUUGAGGCAGAGUCAGAGAGGAAUAAGUUUACAAGGCCAACAAACUGUUUAAUGUUAUACAUCUGCCCAAAGCUGCAGUGAAAUGUAUGUAAGUAACAAAUGCAGCUGUCAAUUUGCAGUUAAUUUGGAACUAUGCAGAAUCUUGUCUACCAGCAGUAUCCUUAUUCUUUCUCUUUAUCCCUUGGGAGAUUCUUUUUGAAAUCAGCAGCCAAAUGUACAAGUAUCACCUCUGAUAGACCACCAAUACAACUACUGCCUAUUUAGUUAAAUGCUGCAUAAACUACACGACCAACAAAAAAACGGAAUAUCAUUAGGUAAAAAUAUUAACACUGAAGAGAGUUCUGAGCUUUUCUUACAUUUCUAAUAUGAUAUGCAUAGUUAGCGUACUGUCAGUAGCUGCAAGCUGUUCAGAGUCAGGCAAGCAGAUUGGUUAAACACUUGAGGCAGAACAUUUUAUCUGCACUGAACUAAUGCUGAGGCACUGAAUCUCAUAAGAAGAGGCCACUAUGUCAAAGAAAUGAUGUACUGAUCGCACCACAGUCUGUAGGAGCUAAACAAAAUAUUCACAGUGAGUCAGCUCGCUGCUUUUUCUGUUUCUAGACCAAAGUCCAAGCAAUACAACACCGGAAAAUGUUCAUGUAUUUGUUUUCUAAUGAUUUUUACACUGUCAAUAUGCAACUUAUUGUAGAAUGAUUUCUUAUUUUUCUAUUUGUAAUUGUGUUUUUACUCUUUUGAUUUGUAAGACUUGUUAUUUUCUACUUGACCCGGCUGAUCACACUAAAGAUGAUUUGUACAGAGAAGCAGCAUGUUUCCCAUGAGGCUCAGUGGACGUGCUGUGGGGAGAUUUACGGUUCUGCUAAAGCUUUUACCUUAAAGACUUCACCUACAAAUGAACUUUACUGAAAUUAGAACUACACUGAUGUAAGCUAUGUAAUACAACAUGACAUUUAUUGACUCUAACUUAUGUAUUUAACUGAACUGACUGAUGUAAAUGUAUUGUGUUCAAAUGUUGCAGUGAUGGAGAUGACGGCAGAUGUUACUAUGACAAGAAUCAUGCCCCCUCUAUUUAUUUCACCCAUUUGUUUGUCUGAAUAAAAUGUUGAAUCAAACUGUUGAA